AUGAGAUAUCAAUGGCGCGUUCUUCAUCUUCUUCUCCGCACUCACCACAAAAUCCCCAAUCAAUCUCAGGUACUUCGCUCUUUCUCUUCCACUCCUCUUCGUUUCAACCCCAACCAUUCCAAAUUCCAUAUAAACCCUAGUUUCCGUCAUUUCUCUUCCGAACCCGUUCUCGCAGACGUUGAUUCCGAUCACACUCUCAUCAUCGAUGUAUUCUCGAAACCUCGAGAUCUCGACGACGUUAAGAAACAACUCGAUUCGAAUAAUGUUUCGAUUAGCCACGACGCGGUGAAUGCUGUUUUGAGGAAGCUUCAGUCUGAUCCCGAUUCAGCGAGGAGGUUUUUUCAAUGGUUAUCGGAGAAUCAUCCUGAAAAGCUGAGUUCCAGAUCAUAUAAUGCGAUGCUGGGCGUUUUGGGAAUUAACGGAAGUGUUGAGGAGUUUUGGGAUUUGGUUGGGGUUAUGAAGAAAAAGGGUUAUGGUGUUUCAAAAUGGGUGAAUGAUAGAGUGUUGGAGAGUUUUGAAAAGGCGGGAUUGGAUGGUGAGGUUGUGAAGUUGAAGGACUUGUUUAAUAAAGAAACUGCUGAGAGGAAAGUUUAUAAUUUGUGUAGGAUUGUGAGGCGGAAUGUGUGGAGUGAUGAUGUUGAGAAGGAAAUUAGGGAUUUGAAUGUUGGGUUUUCGAGUGAGUUGGUUAAGUUGGUUUUGGAGAGUUUAGGUUCGGAGCCGAAUAAGGCUUUGAUAUUUUUCAGGUGGGUGGAAGAGAGUGGAUUGUUUAAGCAUGAUGAAUGCACGUAUAAUGCGAUGGCGAGGGUGCUUGGAAGGGAGGAUUCGAUUGAUCGGUUUUGGAAGGUUGUUGCUGAUAUGAGGAGUGCUGGAUUUGAGAUGGAAAUGGAGACUUUUGUUAAGGUUUUGGGACGGUUUUGUAAGAGGAGAAUUAUUAAGGAGGCUGUUGAGCUUUAUGAGUUUGCUUUAGCUGGUGCUAACAAGCCUACGCCGACGUGCUUUACCUUUCUGUUGAGGAAAGUCGUUUCUUCUAAGGAGUUGGAUAUGGAUUUGUUUUCGAGAGUUUUGAAGGUUUUUACCGGGAAUGGAAGUACUUUGACAGAUUCGAUUGCUGAUGCUAUACUGAAAUCUUUAACAAGUGUUGGUAGGAUUGGGGAGUGGAAUAAGGUUUUGAAAGAAAUGGAAGAUUGUGGGUUUGUUGCUAGUGGUAGUUUGCGGAGUAAAAUUGCGUUUCGACUUGGUGUUACCGGUAAAAAAGAACAAGCUGAUGAGUUUGUGGAUAGAGUUGAAGCAUAUGGGUCAAGUCCAGAUCACAAGAUGCGUAAAUCUUUAGUCGAGGGGCAUUGUGUAGGUGGGAACCUUGAUAAGGCAUUUGAUUCUUUCAAAGAGAUGGUUGAGAAAGAGGGAGUUGCAUCUGCAGGAUAUACUUUUGAUUUGUUAAUGAAUUCAUAUUGCCAAAUGAAUAAAGCAAAAGAUGCAUAUAAGAUUCUAUGUCAAUGGGUGAAUGAAAAAGAGUUAAAGCCUCGGCAUUCUACUUACAAGCUGCUGAUAACCAAGUUAUUGGCUCAAGGAGGAUUCAAAGAUGCCUUAAAUCUUUUGGCUGUAAUGAGAACUACUGGAUUCCCACCUUUUACCGAACCCUUUAUCGAACACAUAUCAAAGCGUGGAAGUGGUGAUGACGCUGUUCUGCUACUCAAGGCAAUGACCUCGAAGAAGUUUCCAUCUACAUCUGUUUACAAUGUAAUGUUUAACGCCUUCUUCAAGCAAGGAAGGCACGGAGAAGCACAAAAUUUCCUCUCCAAAUGUCCAAGCUACAUUCGUGAUGAUGCUGAUGUCUUGGAUCUCUUUUGUUCAAUGAACUCUAAAAAAGCUGCUGCCGCAUCUGGUAUGUUGGCUGUUUAA